AUGGACUCGUGGCAUUUCUCGUCUUCCAUCGUUCGCUCACAACUCUCAUUCAGAAACUUGAUAAUCUCUCCUAUUCCUGACAAUCUCGGAUUUGAACUUCCCGGCAUUAAAUCUCGAGGCUAUGGUGCUUAUUCAAUUGCCAGUGCCCUCGUUCACAGUGGACGUUUCAACAUCCGCGGACGCGAAUAUCACUCAUACGGCUUCUGUGCCAUGGCUCUCCAGGACCUCGUCGACGAUCUCGCACCAACUGCCCUCGUCAUCCCACAAUUCGAGUUGGACGCAUUCACAGUGUCCCACCCCACCUCCAUCUCCCUCACAGACUCUAUCGCUUCCCUUCCACAGCUAAAAGCGCGAGGGCCAAUUCCAGAUUUUUCCAUUAUUCUCGUCCGCGCCAUCCUAAGCGCCACAGGACUGCCAAUCCCCCGAGGCAUGCGUCUCGACUCCUUUGAGCACUGGCAAAAUGUCAAGAUUGAGAAACUCGUCGUCGGUUUGGUGGCUGAGGUGAAGCGCCGGGCGACGCGUUCUGCUACAAGCCCGGAAGAGUUCGUAACCAGCUUGAGAGGUCGCAUCCAGGAUGCCAGAGUCGAUGCUGUUGACCAGGCCGCCGCAGCUUUCCUUGCGCAUGAAGGAACGAAUCGGUUUAUCUUGCUAGCAUGGAGCGGAGAGUGGUACAGUUGGAGGAUGGGUGUGCGUAAGGAUUUUCUCGUCAAAGCCAUGCCUCGCCGUCAAAUCGUGUCCGAGAAUGAAGGUGGAGAGGCUCACGAGGAAGCUGAAGAGGUUCCCGCGUCAAAUGCCAAGUCAGGCACCCAAGUAAGCUCUGAGUUGAGCUCUGAAGAGGAGGCCAGCGUACCCGGGCCACAGACGGCGACUAGUAGGGAACGUGAUGGCAAGGAUCUAGACCCAGCUACUCAUCGUCCCACUACUACAGGAAAACCCGAGCUGCCCUCUCGGGCAAGCAGAUCCCAAGAGGCAAAGGUUGAAGGCUUCUAUACAUACAAAGACCCCCUUGGCGACAUCACUGACAAGAAAAUCCCGUACAAUCCAAAUCUGAAUCCAAAGCCCAAUGCUCAAAAGUCCAAAAAGAAAUCGAAAGGUAAGGGCAAAGAAACGGAGGAAACUAAGCCACCUCCAAAGCCAAAGAAGGCGACGUUCAGGCGAUACACGCCGGACGAUCUCAUGGGGGUUAUGGAGAUGCAGCGGUUGUUGACGCCUGAAGAAUGCAAUGACCCGAACCUGUUUAGGUUCAAGUGGUCGGAUCCCAUCCUGUUUGGAACUCCAGAGUCCAAGCAGCAUUGGUCCUUGAUUCAUGGAUUCCUAGAGCGUGAAAAUACUCGAACUUUUAAUAUGUCCAAUGUCUCAGGCAAUGAUGACUCACGUGAAGAUGACUCAUCUGAAGACGAAGAUGACAGUGAUCAGAACGAGGAUGGAAGGCACAACGAGGGUGAGGAGAAUGAGCAAGACGGCGAUUUAGACAACUAUUCCACUGAGAGUUCUGGCGACGAGUAUGCGCCAUCAUUGGAGUUUUAG